UCUGCUCUGCCCAGAAGCUCAAAAAAACAGGGCCUAAGUAGACUAAUUAGUAAAAAAAGGUAGUAGUUGUUAGAAUUAAUCAGUUUUAGGAGUAGUAAUUAAUAACUUUUUUUUAGGGGUAGUAAUUCACAAAAACAUCUUUUUUGAGGUAGUAAUUAAUAAAUUUUCCGAAACAAAAUUAAGGAUUUUUAAGAGAGUUAAAAAAAAAAAAAAAAAAAACCUCAUAAAAUUGUAUUUCGCCUCGUUCAAAUUUCAACUUUUCCGCGCCUCUUCUCCUCGUCUCACCUUCCACACACAACACCUCUCAACUCAUCUGAAAAUCCGGUGGAAAACAAAACCAGAUAUGGCCGUCACUUCCACCAACAUCAACCAAGCUUUCUCCUUCACUAGUGACCCUCUUCUUCCAUGGCUACAUUCAAUUAAGAAGGGAUUGGACGAUUUAUUUGCAGAUCAUAGUGAAGAGAACAGUUUAGCUGUUGAUAAGCUUGUUUCUGACUGCAUCAGAACAUUCAAGAACAAUCCUCGCUAUCAAAAUGAUGUUCGAUUUCUCAAAGUUUGGUUUCUCUAUAUGGAUUGCUGCAGAGAUUUCCAUAAUGUUUUUAAAGAAAUCGAGGAGCUUCAGAUUUGUCUCGGUAAUUCUGUACUAUACGAAACGUGUGCCGUGUUUUUGGAAGCUAAAGGGCAAUUAAUUGAUGCUCAUGAAAUCUAUCGUUUGGGCAUUUCGAGGAAUGCUGAACCUAUUGAAAGGCUGAAGAAAGCGCACAAAUUGUUUCUUGAGAGGAUUUCAGUUGUACACAAGGCAUGUUCUAUUCAUCAGAAUGUUCAUAAAGAUACAAAGAAGCUUGGACAGACUUGUAUCAACCCAUGGUCGUCUUCCACCAUUGAUGAAGUUUUGCAGAAGAUUCUUCCUCAUUUAGUGAAAUAUGAAGGAUACCAUUUUAGCUCAAAAAACUUUCCAGGAAAGGUUGCUUUGUCUACAUUACAAAAAUCAUCUAGGAAUAAGAAAAUAAAGAUAGGUGGAAGGGAAUAUCUGAUCAAAGGCUGUGCUGGUCAUGGUGGAUUUGCCCAAGUUUUUAAAGCUUGCAUUGACUCUGACCCUGAUGAAAUUAUUGCACUUAAGAUACAAGCACCUCCUUUCCCUUGGGAGUUUUACAUGUAUCGUCAGCUUGAUCAGCGUCUCCCAACUGAGAAAAGAUCCAGGUUUGGAAAUGCUCAAAGGAUGCAUCAUUACUCAGAUUACAGCAUACUUGUUUGUGACUAUUUGUCACAUGGGACCCUUCAUGAUGCAAUAAACUCAUAUAUAGUUGUUGGGGCAUUUAUGGAAGAGGUGUUAUGUAUGUAUUACACAAUUGAGAUGCUUCACAUGCUUGAGACUCUACAUAGUUCUGGCAUCAUCCAUGGAGAUUUCAAGCCUGAUAACCUUCUUAUUCGUAAUUCCAGAGUUGAUCUGACAGAAGAUAUGGAACAUUUUGUCAGAAGACGGGGGCCUUGGCAGGAUCAGGGGCUUUGCCUUGUUGACUGGGGAAGGGGAAUAGACUUGAAACUUUUCUCAGCUGACACUAUGUUUCAUGGUGAUUGCCGUACUUCAGGCUUUUGUUGUGUUGAAAUGCGAGAAGAUAAACCUUGGAAAUUUCAGGUGGACACUUAUGGCCUCUGCGUCAUUGUUCAUAUGAUGCUGCACAACAAAUAUAUGGAUAUUGAAAAAAAUGUAUCUGCUGAUGGAGGCUGUUUCUUUCUACCAAAAUUACCAUUUAAAAGGUAUUGGAACAUCAAACUGUGGGAUAAUCUUUUUAAAAGGUUGCUCAACGUCCAAUCUUGUGAUGAUCACUUGAAGAUGUUGCGAGAGCUCAGGGAAUCCUUUCAAGAAUAUGUGUUAUCAGACCCGUCCUUUGUAAAGAAACUGAAGGAGUCACUGCGGAAGCAAAGGCUAUCGCUUUGUUCUGCAUAGCUCUCCUAUUAAGAAACUAUUAAUAAAUGUGAAGCAGACAAACAGAAGAUAAGACAUUUGUUGCUUAAAAAAUUUGAUGUAAACUUCUCUUCCAUUUCUGUAAAAGUGUGUCUUUUCUUGCUGGUACUCAGUAAAUUUUAUGAACUUCUGUACUCAUUAUCCAAAAUAGGUGUCAGUGAUCAACUGGAAAUCAGAGGUUCAAUAUAUUGAGGACAUUGAAGACAACUUGCUUUCAUGUAGUUGUAAAGAAUAUGGGGCUCCAAAAGAUCUUCAGAACGUGCAAAAGUGGAGUUUCAAAAUUUAGUUGUAAAGAAUUUGUGAGUACAUCUCUUCUUGAGACAAGAAUUCAUGCAUCUGACGGCAUGAAAGGUACUCUAGGCUUGGAAUUGCAUUUUAUUGGCAUUUUAAUAAAUUAUGAAUUGAAUGUAUAAAGAACAAAUGCUACUUGUUGGAUCAGGUUUAUAUUAUUACUAGUAUUGUGCCCCGGGCAUCUGCCCGGGUUGUUUAUGGAAUUUGAAGAUAAAAUUAUAUUAUAAUUUAAUUUAAUUGAUUGAAAAUAGAAUUUUAAAUUAGCUUUUUUUUUUCUACAAAGUCUAUCUAUAUUUAUGCAACGUGGUACGACACUUGGCGAAAAGUUAAAAUGCUAUACGAUGUUGUCGUGUGGCCUAAUUAUAAGUUUAUUAUUUGGUAUUUUAUCGAAAAUAAAACUCUAAACUAACCAU